ACGCUCAGAGGAGGACGAGAGGCAGAGGCACAGGCACCAUCUGCAGUGUCAAUGCGGCGCUCCCGCUGAAGGAGGCAAAAGCGGCGCUUCCAGGGAGCAUCUCCUCCUGAGUCCUGGCCCUCCGAGGGGACCCUUGUGCCGAGUGCUGCCGUGCCGCAAGGACCUGUUUCUGAAAUGAAAGCCAUGCCUUGGAACUGGACUUGCCUUCUCUCCCAUCUCUUGAUGGUGGGGAUGGGCUCCUCCACUCUGCUCCCCCGGCAACCCCCACCACCGUCCCCGAAGCGGUCUUUUGUCACAUUCCGUGGGGAACCAGCCGAGGGUUUCAACCACCUGGUGGUGGACGAGAGGACAGGGCACAUUUACUUGGGGGCCGUCAACCGGAUCUACAAGCUCUCCAGUGACCUGAAGGUCUUGGUGACCCACCAGACAGGGCCAGAUGAGGACAACCCCAAGUGUUACCCACCCCGCAUCGUCCAGACGUGUAACGAGCCACUGACCACCACCAACAAUGUCAACAAGAUGCUCCUGAUAGACUACAAGGAGAACAGGCUCAUCGCCUGUGGGAGCCUUUACCAAGGCAUCUGCAAGCUUCUCAGGCUUGAGGACCUCUUCAAGCUGGGGGAGCCCUUCCACAAGAAGGAACACUACCUGUCGGGAGUCAACGAGAGCGGCUCCGUCUUUGGAGUGAUCGUCUCCUACAGCAACCUGGACGACAAGCUCUUCAUCGCCACGGCGGUGGACGGGAAGCCGGAGUACUUCCCUACCAUCUCCAGCCGGAAGCUGACCAAGAACUCGGAGGCAGACGGCAUGUUCGCUUAUGUUUUCCACGAUGAAUUUGUGGCCUCGAUGAUUAAGAUCCCUUCGGAUACCUUCACUGUCAUCCCCGACUUUGAUAUCUACUACGUCUAUGGCUUUAGCAGUGGCAAUUUUGUCUACUUUUUGACCCUCCAGCCUGAGAUGGUGUCUCCACCAGGCUCCACCACCAAGGAACAGGUCUAUACCUCCAAGCUCGUGAGGCUCUGCAAGGAGGACACGGCCUUCAACUCCUAUGUGGAGGUGCCCAUCGGCUGUGAGCGCGGCGGGGUAGAGUACCGCCUGCUGCAGGCUGCCUACCUGUCCAAAGCCGGCGCCGUGCUCGCCCGGACUCUCGGAGUCCGUCCGGAGGAUGACCUCCUUUUCACUGUCUUCUCCAAGGGCCAGAAGCGGAAAAUGAAAUCCCUGGACGAGUCUGCCCUGUGCAUCUUUAUCUUGAAGCAGAUCAACGAUCGCAUUAAGGAGCGGCUGCAAUCCUGCUAUCGUGGGGAGGGUACACUAGACCUAGCCUGGCUCAAGGUGAAGGACAUUCCCUGCAGCAGCGCGCUCUUAACCAUUGAUGAUAAUUUCUGUGGCCUGGAUAUGAAUGCCCCCCUGGGCGUGUCGGAGAUGGUGCGCGGCAUUCCCGUCUUCACGGAGGACAGGGACCGCAUGACUUCUGUCAUCGCAUAUGUCUACAAGAACCACUCUCUGGCCUUCGUGGGCACCAAAAGCGGCAAGCUGAAGAAGAUACGGGUGGAUGGGCCCAGGGGCAACGCGCUCCAGUAUGAGACGGUGCAGGUGGUAGAGCCCGGCCCAGUCCUCCGGGAUAUGGCCUUCUCCAAGGACCACGAGCAGCUCUACAUCAUGUCAGAAAGGCAGCUCACCAGAGUCCCUGUGGAGUCCUGCGGUCAGUAUCGGAGUUGCAGCGAGUGUCUGGGCUCCGGCGACCCCCACUGCGGCUGGUGUGUGCUCCACAACACGUGCACCCGGAAGGAGCGCUGUGCGCGGUCCAGAGAGCCCCGCAGGUUUGCCUCUGAGAUGAAGCAGUGCGUCCGGCUGACCGUCCAUCCCAGCAACAUCUCUGUUUCCCAGUACAAUGUCCUGCUGGUCCUAGAGACAUACAAUGUCCCGGAGCUGUCAGCUGGUGUCAACUGCACCUUUGAGGACCUGUCAGAGACGGACGGGCUGGUGGUGGGCAAUCAGAUCCAGUGCUACUCCCCAGCAGCCAAGGAGGUACCCCGGAUAAUCACCGAGAACGGGGACCACCAUGUCGUCCAGCUGCAGCUCAAGUCAAAGGAGACAGGCAUGACCUUUGCCAGCACCAGCUUUGUCUUCUACAAUUGCAGCGUCCACAAUUCGUGCCUGUCCUGCGUUGAGAGCCCAUACCGAUGCCACUGGUGCAAAUACCGGCACGUCUGUACCCAUGACCCCAAGACUUGCUCCUUCCAGGAAGGCCGAGUCAAGCUGCCAGAGGACUGCCCCCAGCUGCUGCGAGUGGACAAGCUCCUGGUGCCGGUGGAGGUGAUCAAGCCCAUCACUCUGAAGGCCAAGAACCUCCCGCAGCCGCAGUCCGGGCAGCGCGGGUACGAAUGCAUUCUCAACAUCCAGGGCGUGGAGCAGAGGGUGCCCGCCCUGCGCUUCAACAGCUCCAGCGUGCAGUGCCAGAACACCUCCUAUUCCUAUGAAGGGAUGGAGAUCAACAACCUGCCGGUGGAGCUGACGGUCGUGUGGAACGGGCACUUCAACAUUGACAACCCAGCUCAGAACAGAGUUCACCUCUAUAAGUGCGGAGCCAUGCGGGAGAGCUGCGGGCUGUGCCUCAAGGCGGACCCGGACUUCCAGUGCGGCUGGUGCCAGAGCCAGGGCCAGUGUACCCUGCGGCAGCACUGCCCCGUGCAUGAGAGCCAGUGGCUGGAGCUGUCGGGCGCCAACAGCAGGUGCACCAACCCUCGCAUCACAGAGAUAAUCCCAGUGACAGGUCCCCGGGAAGGGGGCACCAAAGUCACCAUCCGAGGGGAGAACCUGGGCCUGGAAUUCCGGGACAUCGCUUCCCACGUCAAGGUGGCCGGUGUGGACUGCAGCCCCUUGGUGGAUGGCUACAUCCCUGCAGAACAGAUCGUGUGUGAGAUGGGGGAGGCCAAGCCCAGCCAGCACGCAGGCUUUGUGGAGAUCUGUGUGGCCGUGUGUCGCCCCGAGUUCAUGGCCCGGUCCUCACAACUCUAUUACUUCAUGACGCUGACUCUCUCGGACCUGAAGCCCAGGCGGGGGCCCAUGUCUGGGGGCACCCAAGUGACCAUCACGGGUACCAACCUGAACGCGGGCAGCAACGUGGUGGUGAUGUUUGGGAAGCAGCCCUGCCUUUUCCACAGACGCUCUCCGUCCUACAUCGUCUGCAACACCACAUCCUCAGAGGAGGUGCUGGAAAUGAAGGUGAUGGUGCAAGUGGACAAGGCCAGUAUCCACCAGGACCUGUUCUUCCAGUACGUGGAGGACCCCACCAUCGUGCGCAUCGAGCCGGAGUGGAGCAUCGUCAGUGGAAACACCCCCAUCGCCGUGUGGGGGACUCACCUGGACCUCAUACAGAACCCCCAGAUCCGGGCCAAGCAUGGAGGGAAGGAACACAUCAAUCUCUGUGAGGUUCUGAAUGCUACUGAGAUGACCUGCCAGGCUCCGGCUCUUGCUCUGGGACCCGACCAUCAGUCCGACCUGACCGAGAGGCCUGAGGAGUUCGGCUUCAUCCUGGACAAUGUCCAGUCCCUGCUAAUCCUCAAUAAGACCAACUUCACUUACUACCCCAACCCUGUGUUCGAGGCCUUUGGGCCCUCAGGAAUCCUGGAGCUCAAGCCCGGCACGCCCAUCAUCCUGAAGGGCAAGAACCUGAUCCCCCCCGUGGCUGGGGGCAACGUGAAGCUGAACUACACCGUGCUGGUCGGGGAGAAGCCAUGUGCCGUGACGGUGUCCGACGUGCAGCUGCUCUGCGAGUCCCCCAACCUCAUCGGCAGGCACAAAGUGAUGGCCCGCGUCGGGGGCAUGGAGUACUCCCCGGGGAUGGUGUAUGUCGCCCCAGACAGCCCGCUCAGCCUGCCCGCCAUCGUCAGCAUCGCCGUGGCCGGCGGCCUCCUGGUCAUCUUCAUCGUUGCCGUCCUCAUCGCCUACAAACGCAAGUCCCGCGAGAGUGACCUCACGCUGAAGCGGCUGCAGAUGCAGAUGGACAACCUGGAGUCGCGCGUGGCGCUAGAGUGCAAAGAAGCUUUUGCCGAGCUGCAGACAGACAUCCACGAGCUGACCAGUGACCUGGACGGAGCCGGGAUCCCCUUCCUGGACUACAGAACCUACACCAUGCGGGUGCUGUUCCCCGGGAUCGAAGACCACCCAGUGCUCCGGGACCUCGAGGUUCCGGGCUACCGGCAGGAGCGCGUGGAGAAGGGCCUGAAGCUCUUCGCGCAGCUCAUCAACAACAAGGUGUUCCUGCUGUCCUUCAUCCGCACGCUGGAGUCUCAGCGCAGCUUCUCCAUGCGCGACCGCGGCAACGUGGCGUCGCUCAUCAUGACGGUGCUGCAGAGCAAGCUGGAGUACGCCACCGACGUGCUGAAGCAGCUGCUGGCCGACCUCAUCGACAAGAACCUGGAGAGCAAGAACCACCCCAAGCUGCUUCUCAGGAGGACUGAGUCAGUGGCCGAAAAGAUGUUGACCAACUGGUUCACUUUCCUGCUCUACAAGUUCCUCAAGGAGUGUGCCGGGGAGCCCCUGUUCUCGCUCUUCUGUGCCAUCAAGCAGCAGAUGGAGAAGGGGCCCAUCGACGCCAUCACGGGAGAGGCCCGCUACUCUCUGAGUGAGGAUAAGCUCAUCCGCCAGCAGAUCGACUACAAAACCCUGGUCCUGAGCUGUGUCAACCCAGACAGUGCCAACAGCCCCGAGGUCCCCGUGAAGAUCCUCAAUUGCGACACCAUUACUCAGGUCAAGGAGAAAAUUCUGGACGCCAUCUUUAAGAAUGUGCCCUGCUCACACCGGCCCAAGGCUGCAGACAUGGACCUGGAGUGGCGACAAGGAAGCGGGGCGAGGAUGAUCCUGCAGGAUGAAGACAUCACCACCAAAAUUGAGAAUGACUGGAAGAGACUAAACACCCUGGCCCACUACCAGGUGCCAGACGGUUCUGUGGUGGCUUUAGUGUCCAAACAGGUGACAGCCUACAAUGCAGUGAACAACUCCACCGUCUCCAGGACCUCGGCGAGUAAAUACGAAAACAUGAUGCGGCACACGGGCAGCCCCGAUAGCCUCCGCUCGCGCACACCCAUGAUCACCCCCGACUUGGAGAGCGGAGUGAAGAUGUGGCAUCUGGUGAAAAACCACGAGCACGGGGACCAGAAGGAGGGUGACCGGGGGAGCAAGAUGGUGUCCGAGAUCUAUCUGACGCGUCUCCUGGCCACAAAGGGCACCCUGCAGAAGUUCGUGGACGACCUUUUCGAGACCAUCUUCAGCACGGCACACCGGGGCUCCGCCCUGCCCCUGGCCAUCAAGUACAUGUUCGACUUCCUGGACGAGCAAGCCGACAAGCAUGGCAUUCAUGACCCCCAUGUCCGCCACACCUGGAAGAGCAACUGCCUGCCCCUGCGGUUUUGGGUCAACAUGAUCAAGAACCCGCAGUUCGUGUUCGACAUCCAUAAGAACAGCAUCACGGACGCCUGCCUCUCCGUGGUGGCCCAGACCUUCAUGGAUUCCUGCUCUACGUCCGAGCACCGGCUGGGCAAGGACUCCCCCUCCAACAAGCUGCUCUAUGCCAAGGACAUCCCCAGCUACAAGAACUGGGUAGAGAGGUACUACUCGGACAUCGGGAAGAUGCCGGCCAUCAGCGACCAGGACAUGAACGCGUACCUGGCGGAGCAGUCCCGGAUGCACAUGAAUGAAUUCAAUGCCAUGAGCGCGCUCUCGGAGAUCUUCUCCUACGUGGGCAAGUACAGCGAGGAGAUCCUCGGACCUCUGGACCACGAUGACCAGUGCGGAAAGCAGAAACUGGCCUACAAACUAGAACAAGUCAUAACCCUCAUGAGCUUAGACAGCUGAGAACCGUCCUUCCAGGGCCCCUGGGGGGAGGGACACACCAAGCCGUGCCUCAGUCUAGAUUUUCAUCUUUACCAAGUGCAAGUUCCAACUGGCGUCAGCAGCAUCCCCUGAGCAGCGCUGUCUCUCUCCGCCUCUUUCUGUCUCUCCCUCCUCCCUGCCUCUCUUCUCUCUCUGGGGCUCUGCCAGGGCGAUCCAACCAGGCCACCGCCCCUCAGCAAGUCCCAGAGGGCCAGGCUCCCAUGGGGACCCGGCCAGAAGAUGAGAGAGGGGCUCUCUUUCCCGGCUGAGCGCAGACAUCAGCAGCGGGGCCCGGGGACGGAGGACAAGCCACGGAGAGAGGAUGCUCCUCCACCUCCCACGCUGGGCCGAACCUUGGUCUAGGGAAGAGGCAAUGAGCUCAGUAUUAUCUUCAUUGGGAAGACAUCACCUGGCUCUCUUCUGUCCCCCGUUUCCAUCUCCAAGGGGAUCCACCAGGGUGUGGUCCCGUUGCAAGUGUGAGAAGAAAGGCCACAGCUCCUGCACAUGGCGGAUGGGAGUUGGGAGGUGUUUUUCGAGCCACCUCUCACCUGUUGCGUUGGCAUCCAGAGGCCACCUUUUCCCCCUGCGGUCUUCUUGGAGUCCUUCCAAGUGCUCCUCAGGACCUGCCUGCUCCAGCCCCUCUCCAGCCUGUGGAAAGCCAGACAGGAGACACAGCAGUUACAUGCCACCGCAGAACCCUCCUGACCUUCUAGUCUGGCUCCGAGCAGCAGAAACGUCCCACAGAAGGGGAGAAAGGGAAAGAGAGUCACACCCACCCUGGAAGCAGAAUGUGUUGUUUUCCAUUCACCCCCAAAUGCAAAUGAAGCACGUCUAUAGUCCUAGGCCUCAUCCAUUGCCAGAUCCUCGAUGCUGUCUAGAGAAAGUACCGGCAUUCUCCUUGGUCAGCGCUCAUCUAGGGUCAGUGGAAAACGCAGAGUACAUCCAGGAGAUCCUACCUCCGGCCGCCUUCACUGGCUCCAUCCCCAGCACCCCUUCUGAGAACUCUAUAGAAGGCUGGGGCGGACAGCCAAGCCCCUGUCCCCCUGCAGAGCCCUAUGCCAUUGCUAUGCAGAUGACCUCGUCACUGGACUCUCCAGACCUCCUUGGCAAUGACUCCUUUACCAUCUGCUGCCUCUUUAGUCACUGCCUUUGCCUCACCUCCUCCCCAGUCAUCGCAGAGAGAACCACACUCAAGCCCAGCCCCACGGAGACAAACCAAAACGCCAGCCACACUCAGCCCCCAGCUCGCCAUGUCUGGGAGGGACCAAGGACUCAAGCUGAAGGACCUAGCCGACAACGUAAGAAGAGACAUACAGCAGACCUCAGCCCCGGCAUCUGUCUCUCCACCUGUCCUUCCAAUCUCUGGCUCUCUCAUUUCAGGCCAAUGUGUGCUCAGACAUGGGUGAGCAGGGGCUGUGGUAAGAGACAGUCUCAUGGAAGGUCAUGGAAACCUGAAUCCUGAAGGGACUUGAGUUGCCACCGGGCCCAGUUUCCCACCCUAAGCGGGAUUCUCUCCUGGCAGCUCUGGUGGCUAAUUGUCCAUGGCUCUGGGAGACAAGGAGAAGCAUCGUCCAAGGUGUGGUUGGGAGAGAGGAUUCCGGUCUUGCCUUCGCUCCCUGAGCUUCAGACAUGCAUCCCUGUCAUCCUCUCCAAGUGAGCCCCAGUUGGAACGGGGAAGGAACCACUCCAUUUCCAGCAAAGCCCAGGGAGCACCCUAUACUUUCAGGAACCUGGCCCCUUUGGAUAGGAGUAUGUGUGUGUGUGAGCUUGCGUGCACAUGUGCAUGUGAGUGUGUGUGUGUGUGUGUGUGCGCACACACGUGUGCCCCAGGAGCAGGCAGAGAGCUCAAAAGGAUUUUUAGUCCUAUGGAGGGGACCCUCUAGUGAUUCCCAUCUCCUCCCUUGCUCAUUGGUUCUACAGCUUCAGGACAUGUCCACACUAGCUUUCUGUGCUAAGUGCAGGUGGGGGGAAGGAGAGACCUGUUCGCAGGAAGCCAGGGUGCUCUGUGGCCGCAGGAGGCCUGGACUCGACCAGAGGCCGGGUGGAAGGUGACCCACACCAGGGCAGCACGUGGCAUCAAGGAGAGGACAGAUGAGGACAAAACACCAGUAGCCUGGCCUCGGAAAGAGGAGAAUGGGGGAAAGAUACACAUCGAGGAGGAAAAAUAACCAAAGGUUUUGGUGAAUGAAGUGCCAGGGGAAGAAGCAUGGGCUUUCUACCCUUGACCCGUUUAUUUCCAACCGAGAAGCCCCGGGCCCCGACCAGAGAGGAAGCACGUGGGGGGCAGGUGGUGGAGGCACCAUGGCCGCUAAGAGAUAUUUGCACACAUGAGGGGUUGAGUUGGAGAGAGACACAAACAUAUUUAACACAGAUUCGCUGAGUGGAAGCUGAGUGUGUGUGUGUGUGUGUGUGUGUGAGAGAGAGAGAGUGCGCAUGUGUGAGUGAGUGUGUAUGAUUUAUUUUUUAAGUUUUGCACAGUUAGAAAAAAUGAACAGGCAGAAAAGAAGACUGUUAUCAUGGUUCUGCUGAAGCUUUUAUUUUUUACCGGAUUAUUAUUAUUAUUGUUAUUGUUCCUUUGUCGGUACAGAGCCACCCCACCCCCUGCCCUGCCCCUGCCCCUGCCCCGUUUUGUCAUAAGAGAAACUUCAGACACCUCAGAGAGACCUCAAUGUCAGGAAGAAAGAGGGGAGGACAGUCUCCUGCUUUCUUUUCUCCUGGAGAACCGGUUGGGGCAGAUUUUACUUUAAUUGCUAGGGUGGGGGUGGGGUGGUCGCUGCUGGCUUUUUCUUUUUUCUUUCUUUCUUUCUUUUCCCCGAAGUCUCUGAGGCCUGCUUGGGCUGGAGAAACAGGAUAGAAUCACCCAGAGCUGCAACCCGCCUUGCCCCACCAAAAAUUCUCUUUCCUUUCUCCUUUCGUUUUCCAUUUUUUCCACUUGGAUUCUUGGUACCCAUGUGAUUCAAAGUAAUCAGAAAGCUGUCUUUCACUCCCCGUGUUCUUUCCAAAACUCCCCUUGGGAUCCCGGUCUCCCCCUGGCAGGCCAGAGACCCCGAGAGCUGCCCCGAGGGGUAUGGGGGCCACCACACAGCAGAGAAGGGAGCUGGGCAAACUGGUCCUGGGGGAGGGAGGUCCCCUCAAGGUCUCCCUCCCCAGCAGGUUUGCCGGGUCAUAACUCUGUUUAAGGUGGAAUCUUUAUUUAACUUCUUGAGUCCCUGGAAGAGAGGACGAGAGAAAAGGCCCAUCUUGUCUCACCUGCCCCUUCAACCACCUCCUGCACCCUCUAGCCUUUGAGACCACCAGGCUCCUAAUGGCGCCGGGCGAUCACACAGAAUAACUGACCUAGGUUACAUGGGGAUUUUGAAUGUAGGAGAGAGAUGGGCUACAGCUGGGGUGGUCGGAGAGAAGGAGCUUUACAGGGUCCUGAAUUUAAAAGGACGGACGGGGAGAAGCUGAGACCGAUGGCUUCAGGUGGGUCAUUGCUCUCGGGGAGCACAGGUCUCCCCACGUGUGGGCUUUGCCAUUUUUCGUCCUUCCACAUAAGGGGAGACCCCAAUAUUUCUUGGUAAUGGCAAAGAGUGCCAGUAAGUGAAUAAGUGAAGUUGGCUACUGUGUCAGUUAAUUCCUCAGGAAAAUACUUUUUCUUGCCUUCUUUCAGUGUGGUUUUAAUUUGGGGCAGAGGACUGCCCGAGUGUCUCCAGGCCAGGGUAGGGUCACACCCCAGAGCAGCACGCACACCCAGAGUCCGCCCUAGAGCCUCCCUCUUGUAAGCCCGUUGGCCAAUGAGUCAAGCCUGAAAGGCGUGAGCAGGGCUGUGGUCUGGGAGGGGGGUCAUUGUCGAUGAUCCCAAAGUGAAGCAGACUAUCCAGGACUGUGCCGGGCAGGAGCGGGAGUCCACUCGGGCCCGGGCCUCUCCCCCCAGCCCUAGGCUAAUGUCGAGGUACUGUCCCAGCAGCCCCCCCCCCCGAGAUCCUUGUGCUCGUGUUCCCCUUGCAUGUCUGGCUUCUGAGAGCGUCCCUCCCCCGCAGAGGCGAGUGUGCCCCGUCGUCCCCCUCGUCCCCCUCGCCUGCAGCUGCUGCUCGCGGAGCCUCUGCCCCAAGGCUGCGUAUUUCCUGGUACAGGAGCCUCACACCUCACAGCACCCCCUCCCCGGGCAGCUUUAGGCCCCUGUCACCGUCCCAGCACUGCCUCCCUGAGAGAUUAGGGGCCCCAGUCCCACCUGGGCCCUGGGGAUCCCCCAGCAGAAGAGCCCCAAGCAAUGAUUUCCCAAGCAGCCUCCACUGCAAGAGGCAAGUCCUGCUGAUGUUUCCAGCACCCUCAAGCACCACGUGCUUUGCCCUAGAAGGGAAAGUCCUGUUUUCGGUCUGUCCCCUUUCUCAGGAAUUAGGGGACACUUCCUUUGGCUUCACAGGAUGUGAAGUCAACUACUUAACCUAGCAAGGGUUAAAGUUAAUUAUUCUUAAUCGAGAACAAACUUCCACCAAUCAGAAAGCAAGGACGGAGAGGAAGAGGCAGGGAGGCUCUGCGGGGGGGAGGCCCAGGGACACCCCUUUCGUGGCCCUUCCAGGGAUGAGCUGCCCCAACAAGCGGUCCCAGCAGGGGUCUGAAAGGCUUCCGAGAGGCAUGUCUAAGCAUACCCUCCAGGUACCAGAGUCCCCGGGAGAAGACCCUGCCCCAGGCCGAUCCUGGCUCCUUCCUGGCCUUUCCUCUUUCUUCUAGUUCACGUCAAGGACCUCCUGUCACUCCCCAUGCCUCCUGUCAACAUCCCAGACAGGUGACUGAGGGCCCCUGACUCUGCGACCCCUCCCUUUUUCUUUAACCUGUACCUGGACUGUCUACUUGAGGUUUGAGGUUUUUUGUUUGUCUAUGUUAAGCAUUGGAGAUUAAGGAAGGAGCCCAGGUCAAGUCCAAAUUGCUGAAAAGAAGAAAAAAACUCUUCACCUAUGACUUGCCAGGCCAGCCUUGGGGCUGAGGAGGGGGGCUCCCCCUGUUCUUAAAAAAUGGGUCAGGAUGUUGCCCAGGCGUGGUCAUGGCUGCUAAUAUUUGUGGUGCUUCCCGGGCACCUCUGAUGGCUAGAGCCGCGAUGCUGCCUCUCUCCUCCCACGGAUGUGGCCAGUGAGAGCCGUUACAGAGCGGGAAGCUGAGGCACAGCCAUGGGACAGGCCAGAGACGCAGCUGCAGGGAAAGGCUGGGAAGCCAGGAGCCUCUGUCCUCAUGGUUCCAAGAGUGGCAAAGCCCCUCCGCCAGAAAACCGAGAACAAGACUGUUCCUUCCAUUCACAAAGGAAUCUCUAUAGUAAAAGUUUCAGACUUUGAAGAGAGACUUUUGUUUUUAAUUAACAAGUCUUUGCUCCCUGACAAAAUUGUUUUCGUUUUAAUGAGGGGGAGGAUCCAACUUUAUAAAACAUACAGGAUGUUUUGGUUGUAAAGGUGAUACAACUUUAACAGUAGAGUCCCAGUUAAAUUUUGUGAGGAGACAGGUGACUACCCCAGCUAAGCAAAGCUACUAAACAAAACAAGAUCCCUAAUAAAUGAAAAGAGGUUUCUGUCCUCAUUGGCAGAGAUAGUGGCGUGGCGGGGGGGCAUAUGCCGUCCGUCGGGUGUGCCCCACCUUCCCUUCUCCUCACCCCCCUUUUGCGUUGUCCAGCCUUGGCUCUCUGGGCCACCCCAGUGUUGCUGAGCCCCUCUGCAGUCCCGAUCAGCUUCCCUCAAACUGGAGGGACUCCCAGUUCAGGAUUGGUCAGGGAGAGACGCAGUCCCCUCCCCUGAGAGGGCAAACGCUCAUGGCAAAUAGACCCGUUCUAUGCAGCUCACCUUCCGUUUCUUUAGAACUGGAAUUCGUUCUUUUGUUAGUACCUUUGAUCUUAUGACUCAAGCACAUUUUGGAAGGGCUCCCUUCCGAGAGUGGGAUUCAAAACAGAGGAUACAGUUAAAGAGCCACACAAAGGACACAACCAAGCACGACCGCUUCCCAGACAGGACCAACAGAUGAGGGUCAGGCCCAUGACUGAGAUGCACUAUGUGUCUCAUGUGCCGCCCUUCCUCCUCCCUCCCCUGAUGUUCUUCCCAGCUGUUGGCUCGUUAAACCUUCCGUUCUUUAAAAAGAAAAGCUAGUUUACCUCAAAGAAUCUUGUUUCCAUUUGGAAACCAAUGACUUUGUGUUUUAGAGUAGAUGACGCUCCCCCCCCCCAUCACUCCCUGCCUCAGUCUGGCAUCCCUGAGGCCUGAGGUCCUUGCUUGGUCAUGCCAUGGCAGUGCUGACCCAGAACAAGACCUCCCAAACCCUGACAUGGACAGGAAGGAGUGGGUGCAGCUGGCCUCCCCCCCCCGCCCCGCCCCCAUUAGAGCUGGUAAGGACCAGCCCACCUCUUCCAGCAGGGUCCUGCCCAGGCACCACCGUGACCAGCAACUCCAGUGUACCACCCACAGAGAAUGGCUCAGUGAGCCGAGGCAUAAGGGGAGCAGUGUCUGGCCUGGUUACAUGACCCAGAGUCAAGUCCAAUGCUAGAGGGAAGAGGAGAAACAGGGAAGGAUGCAUGGGUGGUCUGAGGAACAGGCAGAGGCCUUUGAGUCUCAGUAAGAGGAUGUUGAAGGAAGUAGGGCAGGUCACUCCUGCUCUGGUCACCCCCCUCCAGCCCCAGCCCACCUCUGACUCCAUAAAGCUCCCACCUUGAACACUGACCCUUGGUUAGGACAAAGCAAAACAUAUCUUUAGACAACAGUGUUACAAUGAGCCUCAAAGAUAGGUGGAUGGAAUCUAUUAGAGGAAGAGGGUCUUCUGGUUUUGAUUUUUAACGAAGAGUAUCCUAGUAAGGUUAAAAAAAAAAA